AUGUCCGACUCAAGCAGUGACCUCUUCGAGAAGGAAGAGACGUCCACUCUGCCUCCAUUGUCCAGGAUGUUGAUGUCCAACGACGUAGCCGUUGAAGAGACAGCCCCUUCAGAGGAGAGAGCAGGAAUCGGUCACUGGAUGGUCGUCACAGGUAGCCGAUACCUCCUCGUAGCCACAUUCGCACUCCUCCACGGCAUGAUCUUCUCCUACAGCUUCUGGACUUCCCACACAAAGGAGCAUCUUACCCUUGCCAGGUCCACCUUCGGAAUUACCUCGUCCAUGGCAAAAGCCGCUGCUUUGGUCCUCUACUUUGAUCUCGCCGUUCUUAUCUUUCCGGUGUGCCAGACACUGAACUGGAUUCUCUACCGGACCCCUUUGGGUGCUAGCAUCCACCCUGACAUCAGCAUCUUUUUUCACAAAAUGGUCGGCUGGUACUUGGUCUUCUUUGCCUCGGUGCAUAUAAUUGGCCAUUGGAUCAACUUUGCCCUGCUAGCUGUGAAAAAUGGCAUGGGCUUCAAGGGCUUUCUCGCCGUUAACUUCGGCACCAUACCGGGCUGGUCUGGAUACGUCAUGCUCAUAACGCUUGGUCUCAUUGCCGUCACCUCACUCAAAAGAUUUCGGCUUGCAAACUUCGAAUGGUUCUAUUACACCCAUCACCUAUUCGUUGUUUUCUUCGUUGUUUCGAUUCUGCACGGUGCCUACUGUAUCGAAAAGGUGAACGAGGGGCCAAGCAGUGCCAGUACAUGCAGCGCCCGAUACGGUCACAUUUGGCAGUGGUGGAUGUUCGGGGGGUUCGGCUACCUGCUGGCGGAAAGAAUCAGGAAAGAAGUUGUUGGGAGGUACCAGACCCACAUAUCGAAGGUCAUUCGGCACCCUUGCGACGUGGUUGAGAUCCAGAUCAAGAGGGAAAAGACACGGAUGAAGAUUGGGCAGUACAUCUAUCUCUGCUGCCCCGAAGUCUCCCUUUGGCAACACCGUCGUCUUAUGCUUACCAGCGCUCCUGAGGAGGAUUACUUAUCUGUCCACAUGCAUUGCACUAGCGACUUCACUAGCUCAAUAGCUGCCUCAGUAGGGUGCGAAUUCAAGCACCAAGAGAAAGCAAAGGAUAUGCUCGCGUCCAAGGUGAUUGGCAUUGAUCAAAAGGCUGCCAUACUGGACGUGGAUCCUACAAUUCGCAGGCCUCUGCCGCGGGUGUUCAUCGAUGGACCUUUUGGUGGUGCAUGGGAAGACAUCUUUCAGUACGAGAUUGCAGUCCUUAUAGGAGUUGGGACAGGGAUUAUGCCAUUCGCUUCAAUCCUCAAGAGCAUCUGGUACAGAAUGAAUUACCCUCACGAGAAAACAUUUCUCCGAAAGAUAUACUUCUUCUGGGUUUGUCGUGACAUUGGCUCCUUCGAAUGGUUCAUGUCAUUGCUUAGGGCAAUCGAGGCGCAAGAUAUGGACAGCCAAAUCCAAAUCCACACCUAUAUCACUGGUAAGGCUCAGUCUCAGGCGGCCUCGAACGUCGUCAGCGAUGAUACCUAUGCAAAGCAGAGCGCCGUCACAGGGCUGCGGACACCGACAAUGUUUGGUCGGCCCAAUUGGGAUAAUGUCUUCGAGUCCAUCCGCAACCUACACGGUUCUCCAGGGAAGGUGGGCAUUUUCUUCUCUGGACCUCCGCUAAUCGGACGUCAAAUAAGUGUCAGCCGCAAUCAGUACUCUAAAGAUGACUUUGAGUUCGUGUGGAGCAAGGGGAACUUCUGA